CCGCCCUUCUCUCCUUCCGCGGAGCUGAAGGGUUUCGUCAGAGGAACUGUACGUCCGUUCGUAGGGCUCGGUGCGCCGGAAUUUGCGUUAAGGAAGCUGGAGGAAGAGGCUGCGCUUUUCGUUUCCGUUCGCCACGGCCGCAGUCGGAACCCGGAACUUCGGACUUCUUGGUUAGCGAGCCGGGGUGUGGUUGGAUUCCCGCGCUGUUCGCGCCGCGGGGUCGGUGUGGGCCAUGGCGGCGAUGGGGAUGCCUGACGCGAACUUCUUGUGGGGAGUCUUUCAAAGGGUUGAUAAGGACCGCAGCGGGGUUAUCUCGGACAGCGAGCUCCAACAUGCGCUCUCCAACGGAACAUGGACUCCAUUUAAUCCAGCAACAGUUAGAUCUAUUUUAUCUAUGUUUGAUAGAGACAACAAAGGAGGCGUGAACUUCAAUGAAUUCACAGGGGUCUGGAAAUACAUCUCUGACUGGCAGAAUGUUUUUCGCACGUAUGACAGAGAUAAUUCUGGAAUGAUUGACAAACAGGAACUAAAGCAAGCACUAACAGGUUUUGGUUAUCGACUUUCUGACCAAUUCUAUGACCUCCUUAUUCAGAAGUUUGACAGACAAAGAAGAGGACAAGUGGCUUUUGAUGAUUUCAUUCAAUGCUGUGUUGUCCUGCAGAAAUGGACGGAUGUCUUCAGACGCUAUGAUACUGAUCAAGAUGGCUGGAUCCAAGUGUCUUAUGAACAGUACCUUUCCAUGGUUUUCAGUAUUGUAUGACAUUAAACAAUGGACUACAGUUGCCAAUUUAUAAAUGAGGUUGAGAACCAUCUUACAUUUACAGAAUCUACUAACUAUGGCCAUAGCAGCAGCUGCUACAGAAUUCAAUACUGCAUUGUGUAUAUUAGGUUGCUGGCAAUAUGUGAAAUUUAAAUGCCAUAUAGAAAUAACACUCAUUCAGAUUUAUACUCUUGCAUGUGCCUUAUUUUUUUUUUUACUGAGAAUAUAAAAAAAGCAAGCUACAA